AACCGCUUUAGUGGCUGUACCCUGAUCCAUGUGCAAUUUCCUUUCCAGUAAAGAUUUGCAUGUCAUGCCUUUAUUUUAAAAACACAAUUGCCUCCUUAAGUACUCGUCCUGAAUGCAGCCCAUUUCAUACCCUUUGCCACUCACACUCACGUACAGAUUACACUCUUCAUUGCCAAAUUCCACAGUCCCCCAAACAUGGAAAACCCUGCAUUUUGCCAUCAUCGUCUUCCAAUCCUGACAUUUUCCCUUCUACUCUUCUGCACUUGUUUCUUCAAACCUGCACAGUCCUCUCUUGAUACUUUCCUCUAUGGCGGCUGCUCACAGAUAAAAUAUACUCCCGGCUCCCAGUAUGAAACAAACCUUAAUUCUCUCCUCAGCUCUCUAGUCAAUUCAGCCACUUACUCCGCCUACAACAAGUUCACAAUCAUGGGGUCCAGCCGGCAAGACGUAGUGUACGGGCUUUACCAAUGCCGGGCGGACUUAGCCAUGCCGGAUUGCGCCACCUGCGUGGCCCGAGCAGUGACCCAUCUCGGCCCUUUGUGCUCCCAGACAUGCGGCGGCGCCGUACAGCUCGAGGGGUGCUUCGUGAAGUACGACAAUGCUUCGUUUAUCGGGGUGGAGGACAAGACUGUUGUAAUGAAGAAAUGCGGGCCGUCGAAUGGGUAUAAUGAGGAUGAAAUGAGCCGUCGUGAUGCGGUGUUGUCCGGGUUAAAUGGGGCGGGUGGUCCAUAUCGGGUUGGCGGCUCGGAGGAUGUUCAGGGGGUGGCGCAGUGCAUAGGGGAUUUGAGUAUGGGACAGUGUCAGGAUUGCUUGACGGAGGCGAUACGGCGGUUGAAGGCGGAGUGCGGCGGCGCUGCGUUUGGUGACAUGUUUUUAGCUAAGUGUUACGCGAGGUACUCCACCAGUGGUGCCCAGUUUUAUGCUGGGCCAAACCAUGAUUCUCCUCAUCAUGGGGAGUCCGAGAAGACAUUUGCUAUAAUUAUUGGAUUAUUAGCGGGUGUUGCAUUGCUAAUCAUCUUCCUCACUUUUGUGAGGAGGAUUUUCGGGGGAAACGGUAAAUAAACAUAGGACAAAAUAGAUGGGCAAAUUUGCUUUUUGACAGCCCAUUUGCCUUUUCAUUUUCAUCAAGCAUGCAUGGUGGACAUCAACUUGGUUUCCUAUCUUUUUUUGUCUGAAAAUUUACAUGGAUUUCUGUCCCAAAAGGAAAUUUAUAGCAAGAAAAAGCCAGAAAGCUGUGGGUAGGAGCAUGAAGUUCCAAGAAAAAGUUAGCAGGGAGAAGGGAAAUAGAGGUUACUAAGAUUCCUAAUGUGAAGAAAUGGCUAACGGUGGGGUUUUGCACGUUUCCUUCAUUUUCAGAAAGAAGAGGAUAAUAGUCAUUUGGGUAAGCCAUGAUCCACAUUUAUCUCUUGUUGGGUACUUUUGAAUGCUUAUCUCUAAAUUGAGGGACAUCCUUCAUUAGCAUAUACUCCUAGUCGCUAGGAAGUCUUAGCCUCCAAAGAGUCCAGGGCGAGGACCUCCCUCGAACCAUGUUCUCCAUAUUGACGAAGAGGUACACUUGGCGAACCAAGUGUAUGUUACGUGGGGGACAUUUGAGCAUGGGGCUUGGCAAAUUAUCUCCUUUUGGGCUAAAUUUGUGGCUAUUUUGAGCUCCUGCUCCCUUCGCAGGUCGUGUGGUUGAAGGGGGAGGCGCUAGGCUUUUUUAUUUUUGAUUAGGUUGAAUUUCUUUGGACCAUAUGUAUCAAAUAUAAUAUAA